GGAGUGGAGUGAAAAAGAGGAGGAGAAGGAGGAGGAGGAGGUGGAGGCGAGGUGGUGGAUGAAGGCCGAGGAUUUCUCUCGUCAUCAUCGUCCUCAAGUCUUGCGAGAUCUACAAGCUAUAACGAACUUUUUUCUUCUUUUUACACGUGAUCGUGUUCUCGUAUUAUUUUUGUAAUUAUUUGCAAGAGGAUUGAUAAUUGUCUGGGAUUAUUUGUCUUAGGAUUUCUAAAAUUUCUCUUACUCUCUUUCUGUGUAUUUUUUUGUUUUUGGUUUCUAUCCAUCGAUCAUUAUCUAUCUAUCUUUAGGACGUUCAGCACUGAGAGGGAUAUAACGUGUUUUUGAUUAUCGUGUGUUCGUGACCUUGGAGCUAUAGAGUUGACUCCGCUAUUUCGGUGUAGCGUUUCGCGUGGUUAUCACGUUACUACUCGUGUCACACAUCGUUUUCACGCAGUAUAUAUUUCUCGAACUAUUUGUUGAAACUUCUCGUAUCUCAGCGAUAGAAGAGACAGUAAUAGUGUGUGGUGUUCGACUCGAAGAGCCAGGGGCUGGAAACUAAAGCAAGCAAGCAAACUCUAGAAAGCUCUAGCAAGCUAGCAAACAAACUCUAGAAAGCUCUAGCAAGCUAGCAAGCAAACUCUAGAAAGCUCUAGCAAGCUAGCAAGCGGGAAACUCCAAGCGGGAAACUGGAAGAAAAGCUUGUGUGGUGCGGUGAGGUUAACCGCGUAGUACUUACUUCCUCGUGGAGGUAGUCGAAGAUAAGCGGCGAAGGAGAUGUGCGGAGUCGUUUGGCCGAGAGUUGCUCGGAGCACGUGCCACGCACGCAGAAGGCGCUCCAGGCGACAUCAGGUGCGCUAAUACGGGACGCAAAAGGGGAAGAUUAGAGAGAGAGAGAGAGAGAAAGAGAGAGUGAGUGAGAGAAAGAGAGAACGUUUAAAUCUGUCUUCUCCAAUCCCAUUUCUAUUUCAUUUUUUUUUUUACUUUCUCUCUCUUUAUCCUCCUCCUCCUCUUCCUCCUUCCUUUUCCCUCCCUCCCCUUCUUCUCAAUUCYCCCUAUAUAUCUUCCUCGUAGCACUUCCUUUUCUUCCUUCAUUUUCUAUAUUAUUCACGCGUAUAGUCGAAUUUGAAAUCCCCAUUGUCCUCUCGUUGUACUACUCUCGAGGAUCGGUGGUGAAUUGUUCGUUCUCAAGUGUCUAUAUAAAGUGUUGAACUCAGGAAUGAGUGGGAAAACUCGUCGUCGUUGUUCUCCUGGUACUCGUACUGUCGAGUUUGACGCUAAAGGUGACAGGACUGUCCAGAUGAUCCUUGUGUUAGGGACAAUCCUCGUGACGUUCCUCGGCUUCGAUGGGAUCGGACACACCGUUGUUGCCGCUUAUCCUGCUGUCUCUACCGGCAAAACUGCAUUGCAUCCAGAAUCUUUGAGUGCAAAUAGCGGACCGAUUAUCGUUGCACCAGUUGGAAAUCAAACUGCAGCUGUUGGAAAAGAAGUUGUUUUCUCUUGCAGCGUUCGAAACAUCGGAAAGUACAAGGUUGCAUGGUUACGAGCUUCGGACCAGACGGUUUUGACGGUACACACGAGAACUGUGACGCACAAUGCACGUAUUUCGAUAUCUCACGAGACCGGCAGUAAUUCUGGGUCCGGUGCUACGUCCGGCGCCUUCGGUGUGACAGGAAGUAGCCAAGCUACGGAGGAAGUCGUCAACGGCACGUGGCGUUUGCACAUUCGUCAACUAAAGGAGUCAGACAGGGACUGUUACAUGUGCCAGAUCAACACUAGCCCAAUGAAAUCCGAGUUGGGUUGCGUCGAUAUACUCGUACCACCGGACAUUGUUUACGGGGGUGAUACCACCGCGGAUUUAGCAGUUUCGGAGGGUGACAAUGCAACUUUGAGUUGUAGAGCUACUGGCCGACCAACUCCAAGAAUUUUAUGGAAACGAGAAAAUAACGAGCCCAUAUUAUUAAGGUCCUCAUCUACAGGUGGAGGAAAUACCUACGAGAAGCUAGAGACCUACAAUGGUUCCCAACUGCAAUUCCAUCGUGUCGAGAGACGACAAAUGGGGGUGUAUCUCUGCAUCGCCAGCAACGACGUGCCGCCGGCCGUUAGCAAGCGAGUGACGCUCGCCGUGAAUUUUGCACCAAGUGUGACGGUACCAAAUCAACUGUUAGGAGCACCUUUGGGUACUGAAGUAACAUUAAAAUGUUACGUCGAAGCAUUCCCAAAUACGAUUAAUUAUUGGGUGAAAAAUCAUCGUGGAACUAACGAUGAGAUGCUGUUGGAAGGACCUAAGUACAGUGUUCGCGAGGAACGAUCGGGUUAUAAAGUCCUAAUGGAGUUGGCGAUCAAAGGAUUCACGGAACAGGAUGUGGGUAGCUACAAAUGCAUCUCUACCAACAGUCUUGGCAGGGCCGAUGGUACCUUAAGAUUAUACGAGAUCAAAAUCGGCUUUGACAGAACGUCUCGUGGGAAGGAACACGUGUCUAUCAUAGGCGGUUUAGCAGAAGCUGCUCAAAGUUCUGGUGCAAGCAAUGCAAGUGGAAAAGUUCCAGGAUACACUAACAGCUUGUCACAUAUUCUAUCGAUGUUUCUCUUCAUACCUGUACUCUGGCCACGGUGAAGAAAGGCAUCCCUUCCUGUUCGCUACAAAGUUGCUGAGUACCGGAUGAUUGUGUGCCAAAAGAGAGGGGUUUCUCCAUAAGAAGAAAAAAAAAAGGAGGGUGGAUGGGGAUUUGGAGGAAAAAAAAAAAAAA